GCUAGCUGCAGGCGGUAGGACCCAGUGGUCAUCCUAGAGGCAGAAGGGUGUAAGAUGCACAGAGGGAGACACAUAGACACAGAGAGGCUGGAGAAAGGAAGAGAAGGCAGGAGGAGGAGGACUAGCACUCUGUGCAAAGAGAGGAAGAGACGUUAUUAAAUACUGUGCAACCAGGGAGGGGAGAGAAAGAGCCAGCAAGCAGCACAACAACAAGAGCUAGGAGGGCAGCUGAUCCUCUGCACCAAGGAUGAUCCAGGGCUGAAGACUGCACCAGCUGAUCCUGCACCCAGCAAGGUGACAGCACAAAAAGCAGCAGCAGCAGCAGAUCCUCCCAUCCCUCCAUGCAAUCAAUGGGCUGAAUCUGCAGCAGCAGCAGCAACACUACAAGCAGCAGCAGCCCUAUCCUUCCCCUCUUCCUCCUCCUCCUCCUCCCACCCUCUCCCCCUCUCUCUGUCUGCUCUCCUCUCCUCCCCCCUCCUUCCUUCUUUCCUCUCCCUUCCCUCUCAUGCUCCCCUCCGUGAUGGUGAGGCUUCAGCUGGCUGCAAUCCACCACUAGGCCCUGUGGCUCUCCUUCUCCUGCAGGCACAGCUCCUAUACACCUCUUGCAUCCAUAUAUAACUUACCAGUGCUGCUAUAGUUUCCACUCCAAAUCUUGGCGAGAGCUGUCCACCAAGUUACAUUGCUGUCAUUAUGAAUGAAGUAGCGAUUGUAAAAGAAGGUUGGCUUCACAAACGAGGUGAGUACAUAAAGACCUGGCGGCCCCGUUACUUUCUCCUCAAGACUGACGGUACUUUUAUUGGUUAUAAGGAACGUCCUCAAGAUGUCGACCAAUUAGAAACCCCUUUGAACAAUUUCUCCGUAGCCAAAUGUCAACUGAUGAAGACAGAACGACCAAAACCAAACACAUUCAUCAUCCGAUGCCUCCAGUGGACCACCGUUAUAGAGAGGACGUUUCACGUUGAUUCUCCCGAGGAGAGAGAAGAAUGGAUAAAAGCCAUCCAGGCAGUAGCCGACAGCCUUAAGAAACAGGAGGAGGAGAUGAUGGAUUUUAGGUCUGGCUCCCCGAGUGAUAAUUCCGGUGCAGAGGAAAUGGAAGUCACUUUUUCGAAACCAAAACAUAAAGUAACAAUGAAUGAAUUUGAAUAUCUGAAGCUCCUGGGGAAGGGAACCUUUGGAAAAGUCAUUUUAGUCAAAGAAAAAGCAACGGGAAGAUAUUACGCCAUGAAAAUUUUAAAAAAAGAAGUAAUAGUUGCAAAGGAUGAAGUAGCACAUACACUGACCGAAAACCGCGUCUUACAGAAUUCUAGGCAUCCUUUCCUAACUGCGUUAAAAUAUUCCUUCCAGACACAUGAUCGCUUAUGUUUUGUAAUGGAAUAUGCAAAUGGAGGAGAGCUGUUCUUCCACCUAUCGAGAGAACGUAUAUUUUCUGAAGACCGAGCGCGGUUUUAUGGAGCAGAGAUCGUCUCGGCAUUAGAUUAUCUUCACUCGGAGAAAAACGUAGUUUACAGAGAUUUAAAGUUGGAAAAUCUUAUGCUAGACAAAGACGGACACAUAAAAAUAACAGAUUUUGGCCUCUGCAAAGAAGGUAUAAAGGAUGGGGCGACGAUGAAGACUUUCUGUGGUACCCCAGAAUACCUCGCUCCCGAAGUACUAGAAGAUAAUGACUACGGCCGUGCAGUGGACUGGUGGGGUUUGGGCGUCGUCAUGUACGAAAUGAUGUGUGGCCGGCUCCCCUUUUACAACCAGGACCACGAGAAACUCUUUGAACUCAUCCUUAUGGAGGAGAUUAGAUUCCCUCGCACUUUAUUACCGGAAGCAAAAUCGCUGCUCUCGGGUUUACUGAAGAAAGACCCAAAACAAAGGUUAGGCGGUGGACCAGACGAUGCUAAGGAGAUCAUGCAACACAAAUUUUUUGCUGGAAUUGUAUGGCAAGAUGUAUACGAGAAAAAACUUGUUCCACCUUUUAAGCCACAAGUUACAUCAGAGACAGAUACAAGGUAUUUCGAUGAAGAAUUUACGGCGCAGAUGAUCACGAUAACCCCUCCUGACCAAGAUGAGAAUCUGGAAUUUGUUGACAAUGAAAGAAGGCCGCACUUUCCCCAGUUUUCGUAUUCUGCAAGUGGAAACGCUUAGAUGUCUCACUUUUUUUUAUUUUUUUCCUUUUUU